AGCCAUUGGGGGCGAAAAAUGAGCUUGCUUUGGAGUAUAGCCUUUGAUAGUAACUCCCCAACAGACUGCAACCGAACUACAUCUAAUUCUCAUCAUGGCCAUCGCUCAGUAUCCCAUCUUCGAAUUACCGGAGAUCCUAGCUCAUGUCGGUAGAUAUCUUCCCAGGGCAACACAUUGCGUCUGUCUCCAAGUCUCCCGUACUUGGUAUCGGGUAUUUCUGCCCAUGGUUUGGGUUCACAUUCAUUCCUCUGACUGCUCAAUGUCACCCAAGAUUCCCCUAAUGAUCCUGCGCAAACACGCCCAUUUGAUUCGGCGUCUCAAUUUUUAUGGUCUAAUCUCUUCGCCCUUUCUUUCCAUCGGAUGCACACAACUGGAGCGUUUGUUCAUCUCAAGCCAAUGUUUGUGCACAGUUGAGAGUGGAACCCUGAACAAUACCCGCAAUGACAUUGACCAACUGACCUAUUUGCUUCAAACAAACCCAAGACUGAAAGACAUAACGGUCAUGGGCAUUAGACCAUUACCUGACAAAGCGUUCUGGGGAGCGAUCAGUCAGGUAUCUCAUUUAGAGUCUCUGGCGAUUAUUGGGAUGAAUAUUCCUAAAGAGUUGAUGGAAGACUUUUGGUAUGCUAUUGCUGCCCAUGCAAAUCGGUUAGAACUCUCAUCGAUUACAUUUCCGUCAGAGAACCAUCUGUUGUUUCAGGAAUGCGUGGCAGGGACCAUAGUCACACCGCCACUGAAUCCUCACUUCAAGCGGCUGAAACAUCUCGGUCUCUUCAAGUUUAAUAGUAGUGCAGAUGUACAGCUGGAACGGAUCCUAAAGAAUUGUUCUCAAUUAAAAUCUUUGGUCUGGCGAGGCAGUCAUGGAACUAGAUUUCCACGCACAGCGAUAACAUCCAUGCGAUCGACCGGAGCAAUAUGUUCACUGAAUUCAAUUGAACUUGAUGCUGAGGGGCUGAGUGAUAGUGACCUUCACGAACUCUUGGUCGAUAUAUCGAAUCUGGAGAAACUAGUGGUGCCCAACUCUGCAUUUGGGGCCAAGUCUCUUACUGUGGUGCUUAAGCAUUCCAUAAUGAUCACGGAGCUGAACCUGUCAGGGUGUCGACAGAUACGUAGCCCUAUGAUUCAAAUUAUUCUUUCUUCAUUCCCAGCCCUGGAAACACUGAUAUCAGGCACUGUUUCUGCUUACGACAUCUUGGUGGGGGAUCCUUGGGUAUGCUUGAAGCUUAAAACCCUGAGAAUCAAUAUUGAAGCUGGAUACACUGUGGUACGAACUGAAGUCGAAUACAUGGAUGUUGAGGAGGAAGAACAAGAGAAAGGAGAUCUCGAGCAGGGCUUGGAGAUGCAGAUGGAAACGGGCCUGGGAGAUCACAUAUCUCUGGAAAAGGGAGAGGUGGAUAAAGAUGAUGAGGAAGAGAAAGAAGAAGAGGAAGAUGAGGAAGAUGAGGAAGAAGGUUUAGCAGAGAAAAAUAUGAUCCACCAGGCUGUUUUCGAGCGACUCUCGACUUUACGUCAAUUGCAAGUACUAGAUAUUAGUCGAUUGCACAGCAGCGGAUCACAACCCCAUUCAUCAUCAAUAGAUGGAGGGCAAUUAGAUGGACCCUCCUUCCCCAAUGCCUUGCAGUUGAGGUUGAAGAGAGGGUUAUAUCAACUGAAAGCCCUUAAACAAUUGAGGGAUUUUUACUUCUCCGGCCCCCAGCGAAUGAGUCAAAGAGAUGUAUUAUGGAUGUUGGAGAGUUGGCCCCAGUUGAUCCAUUUAUGUGGGAGCCUCCAUUCAAACCACAGACGUAACGAAUCAUUGAAGGAGUUGCUUUGCGCACGCGGAGUGUCAGUAAAUACAUGGUAGCUUUUAGAUUUGAAAAUAGAGUGAUUGCAUGAUGUCAAAUGAAGC